AUGCAUCUAAUCGGUUUUUUUUUUAUCAUAUGGACAUUUUGUUAUCGCUGUCCUUUAACUAUUUUUGUUAUUUUUAACAUUCAACUCACCCAUAUUUUCUUUCUUACUUUUUUCCACUUUCUUCACCUUUUCUUCUUUUCUUUCAUUUACUUUCCUUUUAACUCCUUUUUUCCUUUCCAUUUCUUUCUUUCUUUCCUUUCAUUUGCUUUCCUUUUAACUUUUCUUUCUUUCUUUCUUUCUUUCCUUUCAUUUGCUUUCCUUUUACCUCCUUUUUCUUUCUUUCAUUCUUUCUUUCUUUCUUUCUUUCUUUUCAUUUGCUUUCCUUUUACCGCCUUUCUUUCUUUCUUUCUUUCCUUUCAUUUGCUUUCCUUUUACCACCUUUUUCUUUCUUUCUUUCUUUCUUUCUUUCUUUCUUUCUUUUUUUUUUCUUUCUUUCUUUCUUUCUUUCUUUCAUUUGCUUUCCUUUUAACUUCUUUCUUUCCUUUCAUUUGCUUUCCUUUUAACUUUUCUUUCUUUCUUUCUUUCCUUUCAUUUGCUUUCCUUUUAUCUCCUUUUUCUUUCUUUCUUUCUUUUCAUUUGCUUUCUUUUUACCUCCUUUUUCUUUCUUUCUUUCUUUCUUUCUUUCUUUCUUUUCAUUUGCUUUCCUUUUACCGCCUUUUUUUCUUUCUUUCUUUCUUUCUUUCUUUCUUUCUUUCUUUCUUUUCAUUUGCUUUCCUUUUACCGCCUUUCUUUCUUUCUUUCUUUCUUUCUUUCUUUCUUUCUUUCUUUCUUUCUUUUGCUCUCCUUUUACUUUUUUCCUUCCCAUUUCUUUCUUUCUUUUUUAUUCUCUAUUUUUUCUUCUAUUCCUAUCUCUCUCCAUCUAUUGCUAUCUCUCUCUCUAUCUACCUCAGUCUCUUCCUAUCUAUCUAUCUAUCUAUCUAUCUAUCUAUCUAUCUAUCUAUCUAUCUAUCACAUAUCUUUCAUUAA